AAUAUGACAUCCGAUGAGUCAGAAUAUUCAAUGGAAAAGACAACUUCGUUAUCGUAUCAAUCUAAAUUAUCAAUAACAAAUGACCUUAGAUACAAGGAGAUCAAAGAAGAAAUGGAGCGCGAUGUAAAAAGUGCAUCCACAACUCCAUUAAAUAAGUCUCCAAUGCCCAAAAUGAACUCUAUGAUCAAUGAACAAAGCAUAAACGACGAUAGCGUUUGUUCAAAAUCUGAUGAUACAAUAUUUUUAUCGAAUAUCAUGAAUGAUCAAUCGGUAGAUGAUCGAGUAAAGAAGCCAAAAUAUUUAAAGGAAUGUCAUAUAAUAGUUAACAGUCCAUUAGUGAAAAAUCCUUUACAAUCGUCGCAAUAUAAUUCGCCGGCUGAUAUUACUCGUACUCCUUUAAUAGAAAAUAAAAAUAUUGAAAAUGACUCGAAGAGCUUCGUCAUUAAGAUUGAGAAAAAUGUUAACAACGAAACGAAAUUAUUAUCGAAAACGAUAAGUCCGCUAUUAAAUCGUGCCAAGCAACAAGAUUCACUGAAUAGCGAUAGAAGCCCAAUUAAAGAAAAUAGCGAAGAUGAAAUAGUAAUAUAUUAUGAAUUUUUACCAAACAAAUCCUCACAGAAAUGCUUGAACGUCGUGAAAGUAGAAGAUGGAAAAGAGUACGAGCAAUCAUUUUCCAAUAAAGAAAAUUCAAUGAUCAAUGAAAUCAUACCCCCUUCUUCUUUAUCAAAACAUACGAUGACUGAUAAUAAAAUAAAGCACACUAAUGCUCUAAAGGAAGCAACCAUUAUUAAUUUAUCCAAUUCUCCAGAGUUACGAAAGCAAAAAAAAUUGAAAAAAUCAAAGAAACGCAGACACUGCAAACAUAAUUGUGAGUUAUCCUCAAAAAGAAUAAUAAAUACUAACCAAGUGUUGGAAUCAAAUGAAAGUGAAAUGGUUGAUUUAGUAUCGACCGAUGAGAUAAUACUACCAUAA